CAGACGGACGACACUGAACGACAAGGACUCCUCUGGUUUACAGCGCCGCCCGUCAUGGCUCGACCGGUUCAACUUGGCCUCGCCGCCGCCCUGCUGGCACUGGUCUCCUGUCAAGAUUCUGGCAAUGCGGUGUUUUCCACCGGCCACGUGGUCGACAUCGCGUAUCUACUCUCCCGUAACUGUGCUGCCGACACCGUUGACCUGACCGAGGCGGAGCACCAGGCCCUGCAGGCCGCCAGGACGGAGUGCGAGGUCAGGGCGGCUGCAGGAAGUCACGGUGAUGCCUGUGACGGCGUCCCGUAUGCUGGACGCUACUACAUCUGCAUGGCCAAUCGCCUUCAGCAGCUUGAUGCUGCCGGGACGCAGUUCGACCUCAGUGCCUUCCGACGCACUGCGCUGGGGGAUGAGGACGGCCCGAACUGGUCGGGAACCAGAGCCGAGCUGUUCUCAAUGUGUAUCGGUGACGCCGACAUCGACCUGCUGCCCCGCCAGCAGGCCGUGUACGUCCACGCGUGCCUCCGCUGGAGUUUGAGCGCCGCCUGCGACGUGCAGCAGGCGCACGAGAUGAGACUGGACGACAAGGGCAGAGAGCGUCUGUCGCGCUUCCUCACCGGUCAGUGUCCGAUGAGUCCCAGCCAACUGCUGGACGCCUACGGGCUGAUCACCAGCCGCACCUGGCCAGAGUGCAGCCGCAGCCUGGCCGGCGCGGCGGCUGGAGACGGUUUCUCCUCCGCUGUCAGUCAGGUGACCUGUCUGCUGCAGGACUUCCAGACCGAAGAUGGCGCGCUGGACGCUACCCACCUGAAGAGCGCGGUCAGCUCGGCUCCGGGCGCCGGUCGCUCCUCUUCCACCGGUGUUCUGAAGCGCACUGUGAAUGCCUGCGGCGAGACCCAGUCCCUGGGCGAGUUCGUCAUGUGCUGGGCCGCCCGGGGCAUCUUGACGUGUGUCUUUGGCGAGGCUAACCAGCUGGCCCGUCAGUUCCCGCCGGCCUGUACCGUCUAGCUGGGCGAAAUGAUGCAUUUCUGAAGCCGGUUGGCAUGACAUGCGCCCUGGAAAAUGAUGGUAGGUAAUAUAUCGGUAAAGGCAAAGUGGAUAGGUAUAAACGCGUGUUGAAAUAUGCAUACAGCCGUUUAGCUGUAUGCGUAAAGGUGGAAGACGUGCAUCUCUUUAAGUGCAUUACAACUAGCCGUCAAAAGUUAUCUGGGCAUGCGCGUGUCCGAUUAUUGUUCCAUAUUCUGAAAAAUGCUUAAUUGUCUUUGGCUGUAAACGACCGAAAAUAAAAUUUGAAUCACUU